ACAUAAUGACGCGGAGGAGGCAGUCCGAGUCAGGAGAUGCUUUGUGUGGCUCAAAACGUUGACACACUUCAGAAACCACGUUUCUGUGAGUCAGAACCGACUCUACGGUACCACCUUGCAUCAGCCAACCCCAGUCUGAGGGAGCUGAACGGGUCAUUUUUACAAACAGAUCAAAACAAAGCGUCUGGCUUUGUUUGAGAAAAGGAAGCAAUGUCAGCGUUGAAGAAACGGAGUUCAAAUGCAUCUGCGGACCGGGAUGAAGACGAGAAGCAGGUGACGGAGAAGAUGCUCUCCAGCAGAGGUGGAAAUGGUAACAUGAGCCGACCGGGAGACGGCACGCCUGAAAGCCCGAGCGCAGAUAUUACCUCAGCGGCGGAUGGAGAAGGGACAGUCGAGCUGAAAAGAACUAUUACUCUUGUGAACGGCGUGGCCAUUAUUGUAGGCACCAUUAUUGGUUCUGGCAUCUUCGUAACUCCGACAGGAGUGGUGAAAGAAGCCGGUUCAGUCGGGCUGUCGCUGGUCGUGUGGGCUGUAUGUGGCGUCUUCUCCACUAUAGGCGCACUGUGCUACGCCGAACUGGGGACCACCAUCUCCAAAUCGGGGGGUGACUACGCUUACAUCCUUGAGGUUUACGGCUCCCUGCCUGCGUUUCUGAAACUCUGGAUCGAGCUACUCAUCAUCAGGCCGUCCUCACAGUAUAUUGUCGCCUAUGUUUUCGCUACAUACCUCCUGAAGCCCAUCUUUCCCAUCUGCCCUGUCCCCGAGACGGGGGCUAAACUGGUAGCCUGCCUGUGUAUCUUGUUGUUGACUGCUAUCAACUGCUACAGUGUGAAGGCCGCCACAAGGGUUCAAGAUGCCUUUGCUGCUGCUAAGUUACUCGCCCUGGGCCUCAUCAUCAUUAUUGGCUUUGUGGAGAUCGGCAAAGGUGAUACCACCGAGCUUCUGCCCGCAAAUUCAUUCAAAGGAAGCAAUACAGAUUUUGGCAACAUCGGAUUGGCUCUUUACAGUGGGCUGUUUGCUUAUGGAGGAUGGAAUUAUUUGAAUUUUGUCACAGAGGAGAUGAUUGACCCAUACAAAAAUCUGCCUCUGGCCAUCAUCAUCUCGCUCCCCAUUGUCACCAUUGUCUAUGUGCUGACCAACCUGGCCUACUUCACCACACUCAGUCCGCAGCAAAUGCUCGAUUCUGAGGCUGUUGCUGUGGACUUUGGAAACUACCACCUAGGACCAAUGGCUUGGAUAAUCCCUGUGUUUGUGGGCCUGUCAUGCUUUGGCUCUGUGAAUGGCUCUCUGUUUACUUCUUCUAGGCUGUUCUUCGUGGGCUCCCGAGAAGGUCAUCUUCCCAGUUUGUUGUCGAUGAUCCACCCUGACCUGAUGACCCCUCUGCCUUCACUUAUAUUUACUUGCAUCAUGACUCUCCUCUACGCUUUCUCCAACGACAUUUUCUCUGUCAUCAACUUCUUCAGCUUCUUUAAUUGGCUCUGCAUCGCCAUGGCGAUCAUUGGUAUGAUGUGGUUACGCUACAAGAAACCCGAGUUGGAACGACCAAUUAAGGUCAACAUUCUGCUGCCUAUUUCCUUCGUGUUGGCCUGCCUGUUCCUCAUCGUGGUGUCCAUCUGGAAGACCCCUGUGGAGUGUGCGAUAGGAUUUGGAAUCAUCGCCACAGGAGUUCCUGUGUACUUCUUCGGCGUUUGGUGGCAGAACAAGCCGAAAUGGGUCCUGCAGAUCAUCUUCUCUGUCACAGCAACAUUCCAGAAGAUGAUGGAAGUGGUACCUCAGGAGUCCUGAAGACCAAACAGAGCGACGCACAAGGUCUCCUCGUACCCACCUCAGACCCCCUUUACUGUAUUCCCCAGCUGUCUCAUUUCUCCCUACGUGAGCCAGAAAAAUGUCUUAUCCUGCUGAAACAGGCAAAAUCUAUAUGAAUUAUCACGUAAGAAACCAGACAACAUCAGGUCACAGAAGCAUUUUCAGUCCUUCCUCGAUCAGAUGUAUCAAACGGUAUACGUUUCAGUCUUUAUGUCUGACUUUUAAGUUUUCAAUCAGGACUUUUGAUUUAUUAUAUAUAUAUAUAUAUAUUUAAAACAACAGGAGAUAUGUGUCAUAUAACUUGCUCAUCCCUUUAUUUAGGGCUUUGUUUGUGUGAUUUAUAGCUUCCUGUAUCAUGUUUUCAGCUUUUAUUACAGAAUGUACGUGAAGAAAAGUGAGUACUUGUGUAGAGGCACCAUUGUCUCUUUCAGCAAACACAACCAUGAUUCCCAUUUGACAAGAUAAAUUUUCUUGGAUUGCAGAAUGUCCCAUUUCUACAUUUUUCUACAGCAGAUAUGACCAGUUUGCUGUGCCUUGUCUGUCAGUGCAGAAUGGUAUUAUCUUUCGAGAUCGACUUGAUAUGACUUUAUACUUUGACAGAUUUAUUUUUGAUAGCUUAAUGCAGUUUUUUUUAAUUGUUUCUAAGAAUUUAAAGGGAUGUCCUUUUUCUUGGUCAUGGUCCUCAAAUCAGAUGUAUCCCUUUUUUUAUAUUACAGAAGGCAUAGAAGUACAGUAUUCUUAAAUUAAUCAGAAUGCCUAUAGCCUUGCUGCUUACCUCAGUAAACAUACAGUACAUUACAUUCACAGACCUGGCUGUCUAUGUUUAUGUCUAAUUCAGAUUUAAUGAAGCACAUAAGAUGAGGCGCUGUUUCUUUUAAGUACAUUUUUUAUGUUUAGCACCUCUUUUCUGUGUCUUGUCAUUCAAAUACAUGUGAAGUACUUAGCGCUGGACCAUCUUAUUUCGUUUCGCUUGUAUUUGGCGAUUAUUUAUACGAAGCAAAGUUGCUUUUUAAAAAACUUUUAAAAGAAAGUUAUGUCAGUUGUUAAAAAUUGUCAUCGCCAUUUAAACAGAUUGUUGCUGUUGAACUAUGUAUGGCCUGUUGGUUACUACGUUUUUGUAUUGAAUUGUCAAGAUAUCGUAAAAAAGUGAUUUUAGUGCCUCAUCAGUUCGAGAACUAAAAAAAUCAGAAUGAAUUUGCUGUAACAUGAGACAUCAUUCCGUUUUAGUUUUAGGUGGCUGCACUUGGGCACAGUGUUUUUUGGGUCGUCCUAGUUUCGGUUGAAUAUACUGGACCAAAAUCAGCUCUAUGUGUGUGCAGUAAUGCACAUUUUCCAUUAAAAUGUGGUGAGAGAAAUACUAGAUGUGUUUUGGGUGAUGGAGGGGAUUAUUUUAAAACAAAAUGGAGGUUAUUAUGAUUACAGAAGCAUUUCCAAGGCUUAGAAGGCCUCUUUAGAUCCGAGAUUUUAUUCAGUCAUGGUCAUAGAGGGUGUUUAGAUAAUGAAGAUUUGUAUUAUUUUGGGAAUUACAGCAUUAGACUAACACUCCAGUCAACAAGAUCAUUUGAUCUAAUUUAAAUAGUUAUGUAGAAAUUGACAUAUGUAUUUAUUUAUUAUUUGUAGAGUCAUUCAGUUAGUGUUCUAAUAUUUUUGAAGGGCAUUUUUUUCCCAAAAAAUGCUGAAAAUAAAUUGUAACUGAUAUUUUUCCUUCUUUCCUCGUAAUAUGAUUCUUUUUAUACGUUUUUUAUUGUUAGAUUUGUUUGUUAUUUUAUUUUAUUUGUUUUAUUUUUAUUAUUAUUUUUUGUAUUGCUGUGUUAUGUAACUGAUGGAUUGUCUUAGUCUCUAUUAAUAUAAAAACAACUGCAGAUGAGUUGAGUCUGCCUGCACUGACAUCUGCCUCGUGAAAACCGAUGACAUCACAAUGACAUCACAGUGGUGCACAAUUUGUUGCUACAUUUUACUACUUUUUUGACAUACAGUAUGAUGAAAUAUAUUUGUAUCACCACAGAUCUGUUUGUAUUUCAUUUUUAUUAAAUUAAAAAAGAUCUUAAAGAUAUGACUGACUCCUCUUCAAACUUUAAACUGUUUCUUUAAACACCAUAUUUUUUUGCAUUUACAAACUGGCAUGGAUAAUUAAACUUUAUACCCAACAACCAUUUUUCUGUCACACAUGCAAACACUUUUACCCGAGGGCAGACUCAGUCUUUCAUCAGUUCAUUUUGAAGCUCAUUUGAGAAUGUUUUCUUGUGUGAUCUGGAGAUGCCUGAUCUCUGAUCAUCUCCUAGGGCUUUGUGAACAGUUAUAAGUAUUCUGUUGUGAACCAUCUGUCUUGUUUUCUCUGUGACGUACAGUUAAAUACAACUAGGAAGAGAUCCUAUUGUGCAGUUUCUUGUAAUGGUUACACCUUCUAAACAAAAACUACGUCUACUGUCUUUUUCUUAGAAAUUAAACAAUUCAUGCUCUGAUGUGAUUUCUACUUUGCUGCAGGACAUUGAGUGUUCAGAGAAAUAAAACAUAAAUACAUUAAAAACUUGA